UUGCAAUUCAGUGUCUGGAGACUGUAUUUAAGAUUAACCUGGAAGAUACUCAUCUUGCACCUCCACAGCAUUUGAUAGAAAUGUUCACAAAUUCUUUUCACAAGAAUGAUAUGCUGCCUCUCUCAGAUUCUUUACCGGAGGAUGUUGCAAAGGCUGACCAACUGAAGGAUGAAGGUAAUAAUCACAUGAAAGAAGAAAAUUAUGGUGCUGCAGUGGAUUGUUAUACUAGGGCUAUAGAACUGGAUCCAAACAAUGCAGUCUAUUACUGCAACAGGGCUGCUGCUCAAAGUAAGCUCAACAACUACAGUGACGCAAUAAAGGAUUGUGAGAGAGCCAUAGCAAUAGAUCCAAAGUACAGCAAGGCAUAUGGGAGAAUGGGGUUGGCUCUGACCUCAGUGAAUAAAUAUGAAGAAGCAGUUACCAGUUACCAAAAAGCACUAGAUCUUGAUCCAGAUAAUGACUCUUACAAGUCAAAUCUGAAAAUAGCAGAACAGAAACUGAGAGACAUGUCCAGUCCUACUGGAACUGGACUGAGUUUUGACAUGGCAAGCUUGAUAAACAAUCCUGCCUUCAUUAGUAUGGCAGCAAGCUUAAUGCAGAAUCCUCAAGUUCAACAACUGAUGUCAGGGAUGAUGUCAAAUGCCAUUGGUGGCCCUGCUGCAGGUGUUGGUGGCCUGUCGGAUUUGUCCAGCCUGAUCCAUGCGGGGCAGCAGUUUGCACAACAGAUACAGCAGCAGAAUCCAGAGCUCAUAGAGCAACUGAGAAAUCAUGUCCGGAGCAGAUCUUUCAGUGGCAGCACUGAAGAGCAUUCCUGACUUAAAGGAGGCAUGUGAAUUGGAAUGGUAUAUAACCACAAAAUGCAUACCAUAGUUAGUAGCAAAAGCACCAUUGUAACUCUUCUGCUUGAAUAGAAGACAGAAAAUUCUUUGUGCGUAUUUGCAAACAAGAAUAAAUCUGUUAAACAGAUCUAUUGCACAUAAUUUGGAACAUUUAUGUUUAGUUACUCCUCUGAAAAUUAAUACACUGAAUAGGUGGUUUAUUAAAAUCUCUAAGUACAAAUAAUUUUCAGUAUGUGCAUUAGAUUGAUCUCCAGGGCUACUGAGUGGGGAGUUCUGUAGUGGGCUGACCUUACAUAACAGCUUAAUUCUAAAAUCAUAGUGUAAAAGGCACAUUAUUCUUAUAGGGAAAGUCAUUAUGGCUG